AUCGUUCUCGCUAUAAUUGUCGGCCAGAAUUCAUUCCUAGUGCGACAAAAAUUUCUUUUAUGUUCUUUAGCCUUUCUCGGUUGACUCUGUAAUCGUCGUGAUUAAUAGUUCUCCUUUCAUUCUUCUUGAAAAGAGAUUUGGCAAGGUUGAACCCACAGACGAGCAAAAGCAUUUUUGAAUGAAUAUUCUAUUCGGGUGAAUGUCGCAAAUAAAUUGGUGCACGUUGGUCUCUAAUGAUUAUUUAUCGUUUGGAAACGCGUAAUUGCAAAUUUAAUUCCGAUAAAGUUUGCUUUUUUGCUGUGGGUCUUGUAUUAGAAACAAUUCGUUCUUGUGAAAAUCGUUCGAUCGUUUCGAACACGAAUUUAUUCUCGUGGGUGGUAAAUAUAAUAUGCAGUUCGGGUUAAUUCGAUAUAGUCCUCUCGAAAUAGAUCGAGCCGACGAAAAGGUAAAAGACUGUAACCUGUUGCGUGACGAGGAGAGAUCGUCGACGCUCGUCAGUGUUUCUCGAAAGAAAUAUAUUUUGUUAGGCUCGAUUUCUCGAAAUUGGAUGUUCGACCGCCUGCAAUCUAUCCUCUAGACAUUCUGCCGAAGAAGAUUCACUAUAGUUUACUCUAGACCGGAUCAAAGAAGUUCGUAGAACGAUUGAUUUUAGACCAAAGUCCGUCCAAUUGUUCCAUUCAUUCGAUUGAUCCCACCUCUCGGAAAAUACUCGAAACGACAGGAAUCUGUGAAAAAUUGCAGUGAAAAUUGUGCAGUAUGUAUGGACGGAUAUCUUAGAUAAGUUUAAUACAGGGAACAUUUUGUCGGCCAUCUUGUGUUUACGAAAGCUGCUACGAUAAUGAAAAAGGACAGAAAAAAUCAUAUUCGUAUUUGAUACGCCAGAAACGGCUCGGUUUACCGUGAAAUUCACCUUUUCAUGAAUAAAUCUACGCGACGUUCGAUACGAACGCUAGUCUCUCAGCCGCGGAAAUAACAGUUUUCUUAAGCACGGAAGAUGAAGGCCGUCGAACGUGGUCGAGGAUCGUUGUUUGGAUUUGUUCUAUAGACGACGAAUGUGCGUACAUACAUCAGGACUACUGGGAGGAUGUGCAAAGAUCGAUCGCGUGAACUGUAACCAGGGGGUCGCGAUAAAUCGACCGAGUAAUCGAGCAGCUUCCGGGCGAGGAGAACAUGAAGUCGUCCGACGCUCGAAGCGACGAGUAUUUUCGCGACGAUGCUCGACGACGCGUGAGAACUUGAAUCCGCGGGACUGCUAAAAACCGCUUUGGACGACAUGUCCGUGGAAGGUGACGCGGAACGGGGAACAACCGAAAGGAAUCAAACGAAGCUGGACGAACCGAGUCGAGUGAAUCAGACGGAGGAUCGCUUCGACAGCCUUCCGGAAUACGUCAACGUCACUCUGUCCGACGUGAACGCGACGGCCGAGAUCGACUCCUUCUACUUCUACGAGACGGAACAAUUCACGGUUUUGUGGUUGCUGUUCGUCAUGAUAGUCGUGGGUAAUAUCGCGGUGCUGUUUGGUCUCUUGUGGGGAAAACGACGAAAAACGCGGAUGGACUUUUUCAUCAAGCAACUGGCACUCGCAGAUUUAUUGGUCGGCCUGAUAUCCGUCCUAACGGAUAUAAUUUGGAGAAUGACGGUGACCUGGCACGCGGGAAACGUUGCCUGCAAGCUGAUAAGGUUCAUGCAAGCUGUCGUUACGUAUAGCUCUACCUAUGUUCUGGUCGCGCUGUCAAUUGACAGAUACGAUGCCAUCACCAGACCUAUGAACUUCACUGGCAGGUGGUGGAGAGCCAGAGCUUUGGUGAUAGGCGCUUGGACUCUAUCAACGCUGUUCAGUGCCCCAAUUAUUUUCUUGUACGAGGAAAAACUUAUACAGGAUGGUUUGCCAGGGGAAGACGCAAUGUUGGAUAGAGCUGCCCACCCAGACGCAGUGGAAGAUCUACAUGAGCCUGGUCAGCUUUACCCUCUUUAUAGCCCCAGCGCUGAUAAUAGGGGGUUGUUAUGCUGUGAUCGUAGCUACUAUAUGGUCUCAAGGAGGGGUACUACGUCAGGGGCCUACCAGGGACACCAGAAGAGCGUCCUCGAGAGGGCUUAUUCCCAGAGCGAAAGUCAAGACGGUCAAGAUGACCCUCGUCAUAGUAUUUGUAUUCAUUCUCUGUUGGAGCCCGUACAUAGUAUUCGACCUCCUCCAGGUGUACGGUUACGUGCCGACGACGCAGACCAACAUGGCCGUGGCUACUUUCAUUCAGAGCUUAACACCCUUGAAUUCAGCCGCCAAUCCUAUUAUAUACUGUCUCUUCAGCACGUCAUUCUGCAAAACUGUGCGGCGCUCUCGUGGGUUUCUGGAUGGUGCGCGACGAAUCCUCAUCACUGUUUCGGCACCGGUGGUCCAAAUAGUAGCACCAGGACAACGGUAACGAUAUCCUUGACUGCUCAUUCCUCGCGGAGAAGCGAUCACAUCGCGAUGCUACACUCCACCGCCAGGAAACGGGUGGUGGUGUCUUUGGUAUAAACAGUGGACAAUCUUAACGAGGUUCUGGCGUUUAGAACACUGUCCUUCGAACACUGCUUAGAACUCUUCCGCCGAACUUCGAGAGACCACAAGUAACACGCGUCUCUGAAAUUAUGUUCCUACGAUCGUGGCGAUUCGGGAUCCUCGGACGACGUUGACGCUUUUUUAUACCGAAACCUCGACCCUUCCGUUGCCGAAUCGUAGCAAAGAUUUCAAGGAAUUGCUCGCGACCAAUGGGAUAACAACGACGCGAAUCGCGACCAGCCAUCAGAAACAUAAUUUACGAGACCGGCCAUUGAAACGUGAAUGAAACGAGUUUUUUAUUCCCGCAUUUAUGUGAUCAGUAUUCUAUUAUAGGUCCGAUCUUGCGUCGCGAUGUCACUUAUCCGAUAUUCGACCGUCGCGGAACUAUUGCGAGUGAAUAAAUUGUUCGCCGAUGAAGUCGCGCCAUUAGACGUUUAUAAAAAUUCAGGAGGACGGAAGGGACAUUAGCGCGACAAUCGAUCGACCUACGUGAAAAAUGACACGCUCAAAGUAUACAUGUACAUAUAUACAUAUCGAAUGGACGGCAGCUUCGUGUAUAUACUUACGUAUAACCAUAAAUGUGUAAUAUAUUAAUGUAUUCCAUCCGUUGCGAUCGUCGCGAAAAUGCUCGUCCUCGCGCAAUCUUGCAAUCUUGCUCGCGAUCGAUCCGACAAUAAUCGAUACCGGUGCUGAAGUUAGCGAUGGGAACAAUAUCGAACGUAACUAUCCAAAUUUCAAACAAAAAAUUGCAGACCUUCGAUAUAAAUUCGAUCGAGUGAAAGACGUAAAUGAUUAGUAUGACAGCAGUCCCAUCGCUAGCCAAAGCUUCUCGAGAUGCAUCGAAUUCAACGAACACAUGUACAGUAAACCAAACAACCAUCUUUGUACCUCCGAGCGAUCGUCAGCACUCUGCGAUCGGACUAAAAAUCCGCGCAGAGAUGCUUCUUUCGAUUUUGAUAAAAUUUUCCCGUCGUUCAAUUGGAAGUUUUGAUCGUUUGCUUGAAAUUAUCGCGGAAGUUUGUAGCUCGAGCCUUCAACUUUUGUACCGUUACCGUUGGAAGUCAGAACGAAAUCCUCGGAACCAGGAAUGCGCUUAAACGCGGACGCAGGUGGGUGAAACGCGCGCAAGUAACCAACUCUCUAGAAGUUUGUAUAAUCGUUUAGGCGACAGUAGGCAAAGCUGUAUUUGUGACUCGUCUAUUUAUUAUUUAUUGUACUCUGUUUAAAGGGAAAGGCAGAGGGUAAGAACGACACGACGCGUCGUGCUACGAUAUUCGUAUUUUCAUCGAUAAGAGAUAUAAUUUGUACAUACUGUCGAAUAAACUCAUCCAUAAUGCGCUACGAG